ACAUUGUAUCUUUGCUACAGCUCAUUCGGAGCACGUUGCAGUAUUAUUGUUGUUGUGCUUGAGCAAUGGCGAAAGAUAAUGUGGAAUCUGGAAGUGAGGAAAUCUUGGAUAGCGUCGUUGAAGAGGACCCCGAGAAAGAAGUUACAUUUAAGGACUUGGGCGUAGUUGACGUAUUGUGUGAAGCAUGUGAACAACUUAAAUGGAAAGCACCUACUAAAAUUCAACGGGAAGCUAUACCACUAGCCCUCCAAGGGAAAGAUGUCAUUGGGCUUGCAGAAACAGGCUCAGGGAAAACUGGUGCAUUUGCACUUCCAAUACUGCAGGCCCUUUUGCAGAAUCCACAGAGGUAUUUUGCUCUCAUACUUACUCCAACAAGGGAAUUAGCCUUCCAAAUAUCGGAACAGUUUGAAGCUCUUGGUUCCAGUAUAGGAGUCAAGUGUGCUGUGAUUGUUGGUGGUAUGGAUAUGAUGGCUCAAGCCUUAAUGCUUGCAAAGAAGCCACAUGUUCUUAUAGCAACUCCAGGACGUCUUGUUGAUCACCUUGAAAACACCAAAGGGUUCAGUCUAAGAGCACUCAAAUACUUGGUAAUGGACGAAGCUGAUCGCAUAUUGAAUAUGGAUUUUGAAGUAGAAGUGGAUAAAAUAUUGAAAGUUAUUCCACGUGAACGAAGGACCUUUCUCUUUUCAGCCACAAUGACAAAGAAAGUCCAGAAACUUCAAAGAGCUUCACUGCAGGAUCCAGUUAAAGUAGAAGUAUCAACAAAGUACCAGACUGUCGAGAAACUGCAACAGUAUUAUAUAUUUAUUCCAGUGAAAUUCAAGGAUGUUUAUUUAGUCCACAUACUAAAUGAGCUAGCUGGUAAUACCUUCAUGAUAUUUUGCUCAACCUGCAACAAUACAGUUCGUACAGCUUUACUGCUUCGGAGCCUGGGAUUUACUGCUGUGCCUCUACAUGGACAGAUGUCACAAAAUAAGCGCCUUGGUGCUCUAAAUAAGUUUAAGGCAAAGAACCGCUCCAUUUUGAUAUCUACGGAUGUAGCCAGUCGGGGUUUGGACAUCCCUCACGUAGAUGUUGUUGUCAAUUUUGACAUACCAACACACAGCAAAGACUAUAUCCACAGAGUUGGUAGAACAGCACGUGCUGGUCGUGCUGGAAAAGCUAUAACAUUUGUAACACAGUAUGAUGUUGAACUGUACCAGCGUAUUGAACAUUUGAUUGGCAAGCAGCUUCCACUAUUCAAGCUACAGGAAGAUGAAGUAAUGUUGUUGCAAGAAAGAGUGGCAGAAGCCCAGAGGAUGGCAAAAAUGCAACUAAAGGACCUAGAAGAGAAGAAGGGUGGCAAGAACAAGAAGAGGAAAGCUGCUGUUGAUGACAACGAUGACACGGAAGAAGCACAAGGAGUUAGGAAAAGAUUGAAAGGGAAGAAGAUGAGGAAAUACAGAUGACACAUUGUGAACAAAUGAACUUUUUUAUUAUUUAAGUGCUGUUCACAUGUUACUGUUAUCUUGGUACUAAUUUAUAAAAAAAGUAAUGUGGAGAAUUUGAUAUUUAUUCACUGUUAAAUGAAAUGUAACAUCUUCAAAUCUA